GCGAUCCACAGCUGCGUCUGACGUGUCUGUAGAAGAAAUAAACGAGUGAAAGUUCGUCUUCUGACAGCGAUGUGUGCGCGCUCCGCGGGUGUUUCCCGGUCAUUCCUCUGACCGAAGCGCGUUAACGGUGGAUGCGGUGAAGUGUGUGUGGUUUCGCUGUCGCGGGAAAUACGACAUAAAGCGUUUUGUUUUAAUUCCUCUGUUUAUUGUGAGUGGUGAAGUGUGAGGAGCAAUGGGGACUUUACGCGACCUUCAGUACGCGUUACAGGAGAAGAUUGAAGAGUUGCGACAGAGAGACGCGCUCAUUGAUGAACUGGAGCUGGAGUUGGACCAGAAGGAUGAACUGAUCCAGAAGCUUCAGAAUGAGUUAGACAAAUACAGAUCUGUGAUCAAACCCGCAACUCAACAGGUGCACAAGCAGAGCGUCUUCGAGCAUCAGAGGACCAAGAGACAAGCCAUCUCAGCCGAACCGUUUGACAUUCAGGACCUCAAUCACGUUACCCUUCCUUUCUACCCGAAGAGCCCACAGUCUAAAGAACUGAUCAAAGAAGCUAUUCUUGACAAUGACUUUAUGAAGAACCUGGAGUUGUCUCAGAUCCAGGAGAUUGUGGACUGCAUGUAUCCGGUGGAGUACGAUCAAGAGAGUUGUAUCAUCAGAGAAGGAGAUGUGGGAUCGCUGGUCUAUGUCAUGGAAGAUGGUAAGGUGGAGGUGACCAAGGAGGGCAUGAAGCUCUGCACAAUGGGACCAGGGAAGGUGUUCGGAGAGCUCGCCAUCCUCUACAACUGCACCAGGACUGCAACGGUUAAGACCCUCACAAAUGUGAAGUUAUGGGCCAUCGAUCGUCAGUGUUUCCAGACGAUCAUGAUGAGAACCGGUCUCAUCAAACACGCAGAAUACAUGGAGUUCCUCAAGAGUGUUCCAACAUUUCAAGGUCUUCAAGAAGAGAUUCUGAGUAAACUAGCUGAUGUGCUUGAGGAGACACACUACAGUGAUGGAGAGUACAUUAUUAGACAAGGUGCCAGAGGGGACACAUUCUUUAUCAUUAGCAAAGGAAAGGUGAAUGUUACUCGAGAGGAUUCACCCAACGGGACCGCGGUUUACCUGCGAGCGCUGGGGAAAGGCGAUUGGUUUGGAGAAAGAGCUCUUCAAGGAGAAGACAUCAGGACGGCUAAUGUCAUCGCUGCUGAAUCUGUUACCUGCCUCGUCAUUGACAGAGACUCCUUCAAACACUUGAUUGGAGGUCUGGAUGACGUCUCAAACAAAGGCUAUGAUGAUGCUGGAGCCAAACUAAAAUACGAGGCCGAGAACGCCUUCUUCUCCAACCUGAAACUGGCGGACUUCAACAUCAUCGAUACCUUGGGCGUUGGAGGAUUCGGUCGAGUUGAGCUGGUACAACUCAAGAGCGAUGAGACCAAAACGUUUGCCAUGAAGAUUUUGAAAAAGCGCCACAUCGUCGACACGCGGCAACAGGAGCACAUCCGAUCUGAAAAACAGAUCAUGCAGGAGGCUCAUUCAGACUUCAUUGUGAGGUUGUACAGAACGUUUAAAGACCGCAAAUAUCUCUACAUGUUAAUGGAGGCUUGUCUAGGAGGAGAACUCUGGACCAUUCUUCGAGACAGAGGAUCGUUUGAAGACUCCACUACACGGUUUUACACGGCCUGCGUAGUGGAAGCCUUCGCUUAUCUGCAUUCCAAAGGAAUUAUUUACCGCGAUUUAAAGCCGGAAAAUCUCAUACUGGAUCACAGAGGAUAUGCCAAACUUGUGGAUUUCGGCUUUGCUAAAAAGAUUGGAUUUGGGAAGAAAACAUGGACUUUCUGUGGAACGCCAGAGUACGUAGCUCCAGAGAUUAUCCUCAAUAAAGGUCACGAUAUCUCUGCAGACUACUGGUCUUUGGGAAUCCUCAUGUAUGAACUCUUGACUGGAAGCCCUCCCUUUUCAGGGCCAGAUCCAAUGAAGACUUAUAAUAUCAUAUUAAGAGGAAUUGACAUGAUAGAGUUUCCAAAAAAGAUCACCAAAAAUGCUGGCAAUCUCAUUAAAAAACUAUGCAGGGACAAUCCGUCAGAGAGACUGGGAAACUUGAAAUAUGGAGUGAAAGAUAUCCAGAAGCACAAAUGGUUUGAAGGCUUUAACUGGGAAGGACUGCGUAAAGGAACUCUCACCCCUCCAAUUAUUCCUGAUGUCGCCUCCCCCAUUGACACCAGUAACUUUGAUAGUUUUCCUGAGGAUAAUGAGGAUCCGCCUCCAGAUGACAACUCGGGCUGGGACACCGAUUUCUAAAACUUAACACUGUCACAGACGUCGCUGCCCCGGAGCGUCCCGUUACAGUUGGUCGAACUGAGGACUGUGCACGAGGAGACCGGAAGAGAAAACACGAGGCCUACCUAUAGUUCAGCUGUGUGACACCGAGAUGCCUUCAUCCACGCUUCUCCUGUCGUGAGGUGCCACUGGGUGCAUGACAGCUCCCCGCAGCUCCUUACGACUCAUAACUGUCCUUCUGAUCAGGACCGAGGUCAAUAUUUCUAACACACCAUCAGAUAUGGAGUCAGAAAUGACCAUUGAUGUUUCAUAAAUGAGCCCGUCACAUUUAUUUUUAAUUGACCCAGUGCACAAACUGUGUUUUUGAGAUCAUAAAACAAAUGGAUGCACUGUGAGAUUGAAUGUUGAAUUAUUCGAAUUGCAUAAUUUUCAUUUCAUUUUUUUAAUAGUAUGAAACUUGUGGAACAGAUACAGAUUUAUGGGCCAUACUGUACUGUAAGUGCAUGAUUUUAUUGUUUCUUAUCAUUCUCUCUUUUAUACGAAUCUUAUAUGUUUGUUCUGAUUCUUCGGCUGAAGACUUCUGGAUUCAUUUUGUUUGUAGUUUGUAAAGGUUUCUCUCAAUGAAUGUUUAGUUAGAGAUGUGAUCUGUUUAAACUUUACAGUCACGAAACUCAAUACAGUUUGUGCACCAGCAGAGGGCAGAGUCUCACCAGUGCACUCAGUUCUUACUGGAACAAAGCAAAGACACAGUGAAGAUGUCUGUGAGAUAUGGACGAUAUAUAUAAAUACAAACCAAACAGAUAUUCAGACACUUUUCUUCUUCAGUCAUUUUUACAUAUAUGAAUGACUUAACUCACCUCAAAAAAAAAGACAAGAUGGAUUGUCUACAAUAGUUUGAACACUAAGUGCUGUGCUGGAAAACCAAUUCUGUAUUCUUAUUUAUUGUAGGACCAGGGGUAAAUAUUUAUGUGUAAAUAUACAGUGGUAAUAUUUUUGUGAUAUAUCUGUAGAGAUUUAUUGUCAAAGUACAACAGUCCUAUUGCUUAUGGAUGGAUUUUUGUUCACUUGAUCUGCUACUUCAGUCUCUAAGUUUUCAGUUCUUGUUUUCAAGUUGGUGAUUUUGUGCUCACCGUAUAAUAUUUUGGCAUUAUUGAAAGUGCCUUACCACAGUGGCGUCCAGAGUUUACCGUGUUUGUUUCGAUGCUGCAUGACUAGAUCAGACACACCUGAGAUUGUUCUUAUUCAGAUCUGUUGUGGAUUUUUUAAAGUUGAGAGAUUUAUAUGCCUUUUUCUUACAAUAAAAACAUAUUUCAAAGUAAUA